UCUGCCACGAACUACGCCGACAUGUCCACCGAAGUCCUCCAUCUUCUCUUGGCCCAGCGAAACCUCUCUCUUUCUGGUUCGCGUGACGUUCUUUUACGCCGCCUUGCUGAUCACGACAGAACGGCAAAUUCUCCAGCCUUAACACCAGCUCUACCACCACGUGAUCCGACUCCCAGUACGCCUCAAUUUUCCGCUGAAUCUCUCCGCUCGUUGGCAGUUAACCUCGCACCGUUGCUCCGCGACGUUUUGGCCCGCGACACGCCACCAUCGCCUCAACCACCGCUUCCACAACCAUCGCCAGCAGCGAGCCUUAUCGCGCAGUCCGCGCCAACACCCUCUUUCGAUCUGGGUAAUCCUUCCAGCGUUGCCACUUUAAUCUCGUCUUCGCCAGUUUACUCGUCAUCCACCUCAUUACCGUCAGAGACUCCCAGUCUGCCUAAGAAAGUCGAGGAACAGAUCGUUAACGAUGGACCGCUUCAAACAAUUAGCGCCGCUGGCCUCUCCUCUGCCUUGCGUCAUCCCAGUAUCCAUGAUUCAAACUUAAAGAACCGUGUUUAUGAACUUAUUCAGCAUUCAUGGGCACCAUCAACCAAACAAACCUACGCCGCCGGCAUAAAACAAUUCAUUUCAUUCUGCCUUGCAAAAGGUAUCGUGACACCCUGUUCACCUUUACUGCCUGCGACUGAACUUACCCUGCUCUACUUCGUCGGCCAUCUAUCCAAAUCUGUUUCAUAUUCAACUGUUAAAACAUACUUAGCUAGCGUGUCUUACCUCCACGUAAAUUUUCAAAUCCCAUUCGACAUGGGGAGCAUGCAACUAUUAGAAAAAAGUCUAAAAGGUCUGAAGCGCCUCAAGGGUGAAAAAUUGCGGGAUCGACGGCCUAUCACUGUGACCGAACUCGAGUCCCUUCAUUCUGCCCUACGACCUCAGUUUACAGACUGUUUAGACAAUGUGAUGCUUUGGGCCGCCUUCACUCUGGCCUUUUUUGGCUUCCUGCGCUGUAGUGAAUUCACGUGUAAUUCUCCAUUCGAUCCCGAGUGCCACCUAUCCCGCAAUGACAUUAUUUUCCACCCAAAUAUCCUCCACGCAGAAUAUUACGAUGUCUUGAUCAAGCGUUCCAAAACCGACCCUUUUCGUCGUGGAUGCCGUUUGACAAUCGGCUCAUCGCGUAAUAAACUCUGCCCGGUUCGAGCUAUGAAAACAUAUCUACUCCAGUCAUCGUCUGGCCAAACCCCUCGUCCACUGUUCCAAUUUACAUCAGGUGUCCCACUUACACGUGUAACCCUAACAUCGCAUCUACGUCAUCUACUUCAAGGGCAAGGACUGGCCGAAAACCUCUACGCCUCUCAUAGUUUCAGGAUCGGAGCUGCUACAGCUGCGGGCUCAGCCGGCCUACCCUCCUGGCUCAUCAAAACGCUAGGACGUUGGUCUUCAGACUGUUACGAGAGAUACAUUAGAACUCCAAAGGACGUCUUAGCUUCCGUUCCAUACAAACUAACUGCAAGUACCAAACAUUAAAAAUUUUGUUUUAAUAUCUACCUUUUAAACUCAAUCAUUAUGCUUCCUUGCUGUAUAGUCCGUAUAACACCAGUCCCCUAUUUGUGUGUAUGUGGAUCCUUCCUGCAAACUCAUAGCCUGCCGUAUGUUUUGUUCUGUCAUGCUACCACGGCAACUGCACGAUAUCUUCGAAUCUGUUUGUUCAAGGACCCACAUACACACAAUUGCCGGCCACCUUUGCAAGAUUGUGUUUUAAAGACAUUUUAGGGUGGCCCUCUCUGCUGUCGAAAGACAGGACUCUAAUUCGGCUACUUCCCGUGGCGGAAAUGGCGGUUUGCACUUUGUGCAGACCGCCAUUAAUGGCAGGAAGUGCUGUCCUUCUGGACAACACCUCACCACGUGAAGU